AUGGCCGACUUUACCCUCGCUGCUCUUCUUGUCUCGUCCCUUUCUUUGGCGACUCUGGGGAAUGCAGCCGCUAGACCCAUACCGACACUUGAUUUGGAGGUGCCCACCGUCUUCGCCAGUGACAUUUUCGGUCUAGAUGACAGGAUGAUGACUAUCCCGAUGGAUACGUGCAAAUCCCUGCGAACCGACAUGCAACAUAACGUCGGCUCCAUCUCGAUCCCAUGCGCCCAAACAAAUAACAAGAAGCAUAUGUGCUCCUUGUACAGUGAUCCCGACUGUGUGAAUCUACUCAGCACAUGGGACCAUUCGCACUACCACAUGAUGGAGCACGCAGACAACGAAAACGGCCUGAACGCCAUCGGCAGCCAAGUCGUCAGCAUGAAAUGCAGCAUGGUCGACAUCUCUACCGGCCCCACCACACUCAACAGUAUAGAUCACAGAUCCACCACGCACGAAUCCAGAUGUGUGAACGAGAACUGCAACACGCACGCAGACUGUCACUUGAACGCAGACGGCUACCACUACUGCUCUGACCUGAUGAACAAUACAUGUCAGCAUGCGAAAUUUAUUGAACAGGGUGGUGGCUGUAGAGAAGACUUGGAGUGUAUUACCGGGUACUGUUCUGGGUCUGGGCAGAAUAAAGAAUGCGCCAUGAAGAAGAAGGCGAAUACGCUUUGCUCCCAGUCUUUGGAAUGCGACAACGGGUUGAAAUGCUGUCGCGAGGUCUUGAAUGUUGGUGGGAGGUGCACAGCUGACUGCAAGCAGCAGGAUGAGAUGCUGGUUCCAUCCGUUAAUAAAAUAUUCAGCCCCAUCGACGUCCGCAAUUUCGUAUUGCAACAUUUCAUCAAGGCGUGGUCGCAGGUGGGCAAGGGGAUGGGAGAACUUGGUGAAGAUCUCUCCGGUCUGAUGGAAUCUAGUAAAGCGUGA